AUGCAAUACGUACGAGGUCUCAGCGAGUCCGUCUCGACAGCAUGGAAUUCAAUCAACCCCGCGACUCUUAGCGGCGCUAUUGAUGUCAUUGUCGUCGAACACGAAGAUGGCUCUUUAGUCUGCUCUCCGUUCCACGUCCGAUUCGGAAAGUUCUCUCUCCUGCGGCCUUCUGACAAGAAGGUCGAAUUCAAGGUCAAUGGUGUCAAGCAAAGUUAUUCCAUGAAGCUCGGUGAAGGUGGCGAGGCCUUCUUCGUUUUCGAGACCACAGACAGGAUCCCACAGUCGUUACAGACAUCACCUCUUGUUUCGCCUGCUUCUAGUCCUGCAAGCAGUCCACCACUCAAUGCCGAACAGUCUGAUUCUGGUCUGCAGGAACCAGAGGCUUUUGAACUGGACGCUUCUGAGUCCAAGCCCCGACGGCCGCCCCCUGCUGCUCUCUAUAAGAAAGAGAACGAUGACGGCCUGAUCACACCUCUGUCGACCUCCCCUGAACUGCCCAGCGUCCGCCCUGUGUCCGGCGACUGGUCUGCAAAAAUAACACGACCACACAGCGAUGAUGUUCUUCGACCAAGCGCCCGAAGCCGAGGCCUGGACGGCAACAGCUCUGCUGACGAUGAAGAACAUUUUGCUUCUGAGAGAUCUGCCAGUCCUCCACCCCUAUCCGCCGGCGAAGCGCUUCAACGUGCCAGGACUUUGUCUAAAGGACUGUCUGCGGCAAGCAUCCCCACCAAGGUCACUGACAGUGGCGAUCUGAUGCUGGAUAUGACCGGGUUCAAGGGUAACGAAGAGGACAUCCUCCGUGCUGAAAUUCUGGCUCGCCAGAUCCUUUCUGAGGAAUUGGAUGGAAACUAUGACAUUGGCGCGCUUUUCGGGUUUGAUGAGCAAGGAAACUUGUGGAUCUACAGCAGCGAGGAGGCCAAGCAAGCUGCCAUGAACAAGACCAUUGAGGCUUCUCUACAGUCGCACCGCCGCUCUACUGCCGCAGAUGCUAUCUCGGACCCUGGAUACCAAAGCGACAGCAGUGAUGCAACCGCUUCGCCCAUGCCUCUGCAUCGACGUACUGAGUCCGAUGCUGGUCCCAUGGACUUGCAAACCCCGCCUCGCACGCCGCCAGGCUCUACACGCCAUUCAGGUGAUCCUAACAGGAACUAUGCGAAAACCUUGCGGUUGACUAGUCAGCAGCUCAAGGAUCUCGAGUUGAAGCCAGGCGCGAACUCGAUGGCAUUCACUGUCAACCGAGCUACCUGCAAAGCCAACAUGUAUCUUUGGAGACACGAGACACCCGUCGUCAUUUCUGAUAUCGACGGCACUAUUACCAAGUCGGAUGCUCUUGGCCAUGUGUUGAACAUGAUCGGCCGUGACUGGACACACUCAGGCGUUGCCAAGCUGUACAGCGAUAUCUCCGCCAACGGCUACAACAUCAUGUAUUUGACCAGUCGAUCCGUCGGGCAAUCAGAUACAACCAGAGCAUACCUAGCGGGUAUUGUGCAAGAGGGUUACAAAAUGCCUCCUGGCCCGACAAUUCUGUCCCCAGACCGAACAAUGGCUGCUUUAAGGCGAGAGGUCUAUCUCCGCAAGCCACAUAUCUUCAAGAUGGCUACUCUCCGAGAUAUCAGAAACCUGUACGGCCCCGACCGUACCCCAUUCUACGCUGGUUACGGAAACCGAUUGACCGAUCAAAUUUCUUACCGGACCGUCGAUGUCCCGCGAAACCGCAUCUUCACCAUCAAUUCCAACUCCGAAGUAUCUUUGGAUCUCUUGACUCUUAACAAGCUCAAGAUGAGCUACGUGAACAUCAACGAAGUCGUUGACCACUACUUCCCUCCUGUAAGCACGCUGGUAAAAGGUGGCGGCGAGGAGUACACUGAUUUCACGUACUGGAGAGACGACCCUCUCGCCGUAGCCGACUUUUCGGCAAGCGAGAGUGACGAUGGGGAUGACGAUGAGGAGGACGACAACGGUCCAGGAGCACCCACCAGCGAGUAUGGAGAUGACGAAGAAGAAUACGACGACGAAGACGUGGAAAUUGACGAAGAUGUCGAUGAGAUUGGCGAAGGACUCGCCGACAGCUAUAUUUCCCGCGCAUCCAUGGACGAAUUUGCCGAAGCCUCCAGUGUGUUGGGUGGCAGCGUCGAUGAGGAGAAACUGAAAGCGUCUAUGACACGUGAUCUGAAAGAAACUUACGACGAGGACGACGAAGACGAUAUCUACGAAGAUGGCCAAGAAGGUCACAACGAGGAGGGUGAGGAUGCAUCCACCGCUACCCCACUUGGAAUGAAGAAGGCAGCCGAACUUAAGGAGGACGUUCUCGCCCAGCACAUCACAGGGGUUGGUCAUCUCUCCAUCGAGAAAUGA